CUGUCUAAUAACUCUGUGUGAUGCUGAUAGUUGGAUGGUCACUUUUGGAUCAUCGUAUUCCUGUGUGUUAUGCAGAGGGAAACCCCUCUGCAUCAUCAUGCUGCUCCACUCGAGGGACUGGUAUCCUCCUUUGACACCCUAGGCAAAAUUUGACUGCUGAGGAAGCAGUGUUUCCAAGGGGACAAGACGGUGUGGUGAUCGUGGCAGGAAGGACACUUUGUUCACAGCGGAGUGGUGACCCCGAUAGCAGGCAUACCUGGACAGCCAGAGACGCUCCCCAUUACUUCAUCCACUAACAGCCAGUCUGUAGGGCUGGCUGUGCUGUGUCCACCAAACAUCCUGCCUUGACUGUGCUUUUGGUCAGUCAGAACCAAAAAAGAAGAAAAAUCUCCCUGAGAUUAGAUGGAGUUUGCUCUGGAUCUUCAGCCCCACUCCAGCAUGUCCCCAGGGGCUGCGGGGGGCCACGGCAGACGACCAGGGAGCCGACUGGGGCCGGGGCUGAUGCCGUGAGGGGGAUGCACAGGGACAGCGAUGCCUAUCACACAGGACAACGCCGGGGUCUUCCUCCCCCUCCUGUGCCAGUGGCUGCAGAACAGCCAUCGGGAGGGGGCCGAGGGAGCCGAGCAGCAGCUCUGCCGCUCGGCCGUCCAGAAGCUGAGUGAGUAUAUCCAGCUCAACUUCUCUGUGGAUGAGAGCACACUGCAGCCAGGGAGCUGUGGGACUCCGGAUACAGAGAUCUGCACCAUGUAUCUGGCCCAGGAGAUGCGAAAAAACGAGGUUCUAGGUUUGAGCUUUGGCAACAUCCCUGCUCUGGGGGACUACGGGGAGAAGCGCCGGGUAGGAAAGAAGAGGAAGGGGCAUAAGGGGCCUGUGCUUGACGUUGGGUGCAUCUGGGUGACGGACUUGAAGAAAAACAGCCCGGCUGGGAAGUGCGGCAGAGUGCGCCUGAAAGAUGAGAUCCUCUCUCUGAACGGCCAGCUGAUGGUCGGCGUGGAUGUCACCGGAGCAAGUUACCUGGCCGAGCAGUGCUGGAAUGGCGGCUUCGUCUACCUGAUCAUGUUGCGCCGCAUCAAGCGCAAGGCCCCUCUUCCUCCCUCCAACGGCAACAACAGCAACAGCUGCGACCCCAAGGCCAAGCCCAGCCCUGAGCCUGGCGACAGAGCCACUCAGAAUGGGAAAAGGACCAGGAAGUUUGGGGUCAUCACCAGGACACCAGGCAGCAAGGACAGCAAGGAGAAGCUGGGCCCGGAGCACGGGAACGGGCACUGCACCCCGAUGGAGGUGGAGGUUGCUCAGCCGGAGACCUCUGAGGCAGAAAGCAAUGGGGAGGAGCAGCACCAGGGCACUGGGGCACCCUACCGGUGCCGGCUGUCGGAUGGUGGCAUGCCAGACAUUGGGGACCAGUCUGCCCAGCGAGAAGGUUGCCGCAUAUGGAAGAUGCGCAUCCUGAAGGGGACGGACGGGCUGGGAAUCCAGAUAACGGGAGGCAGAGGGUCAAAGCGGUCCCCUCACAGCAUCAUCGUCACCCAUGUGGAGGAAGGCGGCUCCGCGCACAGGGAUGGCAGGCUGAUGGCUGGUGAUGAGCUCCUCAUGAUCAACGGGCAGUCGCUGGUGGGGCUGUCCCACCAGGAGGCCGUGGCUCUCCUUCGCUCGGCCGCUGGCCUGGUGCAGCUGGUGGUCUCUAGCAAGGAACCUUCUGAAGGGGAUUUUCUGAAGUAUCCAUCUACCAGCUUGCCAGACUUACUUAGCACUUGCUCAGUCCAAGACUCUGUCUCUUGCACUGACAAUAAGGAAAACGAGGAACCAGAAGAAGAAGAAGAUGUGAAAGGAGUGAAUAUGUCUCCUGAAAAACCGGUCGCUGUGAUGGAAACUGAGAAGUCUCAAGAUCCAACCUGUGCAGAAGCGUCCAAAGGAAACAACCAGAGUCCCACUCUGGGAAGUGGCAUACUGAAAUACAGAAGUCGAUCUCAAGGUGCUGGAUCCCGCUUGGAGUCUGUUGGAGAAGACGAUGAGCUGACAGUGGAGAAUGGUGAAUCGAAUUAUGAAAUAGCGGUGAAAUAUUCCCGAGGUGGAAGAAAGCACUCUCUGCCCCAGCAGCUGGAGUCAGCCGGAGCCAGACAGGACUACCAUAUCGUGAAGAAAUCUACCCGUUCCUUCAGUGCUGCCCAGGUGGAAUCUCCAUGGAGACUGACCCAGCCGUCCAUCAUUUCCAACAUCGUCCUGAUGAAAGGGCAAGGCAAGGGUCUUGGAUUCAGCAUUGUGGGAGGUCAGGAUUCUGCUCGCGGACGCAUGGGAAUUUUUGUGAAGACUAUAUUCCCAAAUGGAGCAGCGGCAGCUGAUGGAAGGCUUAAAGAAGGGGAUGAAAUCCUGGAAGUUAAUGGAGAGUCUCUGCAAGGACUGACCCAUCAGGAGGCCAUUCAGAGGUUUAAGCAACUCAAGAAAGGUGUGGUGACCCUGACGGUGCGCACGCGGCUGCGCAGCCCGAGCCUCACGCCCUGCGUGACUCCCACCUUGCUGAGCCGCUCCAGCUCCCCCAGCUCCAGUGCCAGCGGGGGCAUCCCAGUCCCCGGCCUCGAUGAGGCUGAUGGUUCCUCCUCCAGCCGCAAAGGACCUGGCCCAAAGGACAGGAUCGUCAUGGACGUGACACUCAAUAAAGAGCCAGGGGUUGGGCUUGGCAUUGGUGCCUGUUGCCUCACACUGGAAAACAGUUCUCCUGGAAUAUACAUUCACAGCCUGGCCCCAGGAUCAGUGGCUAAAAUGGAUGGCAGAUUAAGUCGGGGUGAUCAGAUCCUGGAGGCAGAUUCUGUGAGUCUGCGUCAUGCAGCGUUGAGCGAAGCCUACGCGAUACUGAGUGAGUGUGGACCAGGUCCGGUCAGCCUAAUCAUUAGUCGUCAUCCUAAUCCAAAGGUUUCAGAGCAGGAGAUGGAUGAAGCAAUUGCACGUACUACCCACCGAGAGAGCAAGGAUGCCAGCUCCUCUCAUGUCACAGGAGCUGUACAAAAGAGUCCGUCUCCUAGUGUAAAGGCCAAGCAAGGAGAGACGUCAUCUCCCCUCAGCUGGACUAUGAAACGCUUCCUGGAGCCAGCAAGCCGGCAGGGAUCUGUCAGCUCUGAGGCAGAGCUCUCCCAGUACUUCUCGCAUGACAGCACGAGCCAUCUCCCGUUUCCUGAUGCAGUAACUGGCCCCUGCGAUGAAGAACAGCUCCGUCACAAGAACAGAAACAGUUUGUUGGAUGAUGGCAACCUAACUGCUAGAGAUGGGGGAGUGGCAAAAGCAAAUGGCCUGGCUCCUACAGCUGCUGGAAGACUGUCUGGCCAUCACAACAAGCCUGUGGAGUCUGUCCGACCCGGCAUCCUCAGUGACAGCCCCAAAUCUGCCCGCAGCCCCUUUCACCGACAGAGGAGGGUUGUCUUCUAUGAUGGGGAUGGCAGCGAUGACGAUGAGAGUUCCCACUUGCACAGAAGCCAGAGGGCCAAGAGCCAGGAGGAUGCUGGCAUUGUCAUUACAACCUCAUCUGUAGAAAUUGAUGAGGAGAGCCAGGACAGUGAGUCAUCUAGAUACAGUGGCAUGGAGACAUCUUCCCCUGCCUUCAGCAACUCUGUGGAGUCUGCAGACAGCACACUGGAGCAAAUUGAAUCUCCUUUCUUCCCCAUCAUAGCAUUUGAUUACUCGAGUGUGCCUGAAGUUCGUCUUGGCAGCCUGAGUUUGAGGGAGCUCCGAGAAGCACAACUUGAAUCCAAGAGGUCACCAAAACUUGAGCACAGAGCAGUCACAAGAGUGAAAAGCAUGAUGAGCACAGAAUGCCGAAACCUUCAGAGACACAGGACAGAGGAGCCUAGCACAUACAACAAGCCUGUUGCGAGGAUGCUCCCUCACAGCAAGAAGUGUGAAGCACCCGAUGGGGCUGGGCAGGGCCAGAUUGAAGUUGUCACUCUGGUUCGCAAUGAGCAUGAGUCGUUUGGCCUGGAUUUGGAAAUCCAAGCCAUGCCUUUAAAGGUGGUUGUCACAGGGAUGCGGCCAGGUGGAGCAGCAGAAAUGGGAUCAAUGGGCAAGAUGGCUGUAGGAGAUGAGAUUACCACCAUCAACAGUAUCCCCGUCAGUAAGAUGACAUACGAGGAAAUCUGCUUGCUUAUGCAGUGUCUUCCCACAUCCGUAACCCUGGAGAUCCAGAAAGCAGCAUCAGCUGUCAGCAGAUUUACAAACCUCAUCCUGUCUCCAGGGGUAGACAGUCAAAAUCAGGCCAAUGUCAGCAGCAUCCUCACAAGUGAGGAAGAGCCAAGUGCUGGGAAGCGAGAACGAGCAGGUUUGCAGAAUGCUGGAAGCAGCUGUGCGGCGGAGAGAGCAACACUGCCGCCUGAUGCCGCGAGCAGAGACGUGCACAGAGGUACCACGAAAGGCAGCCGCGAGGAGGACUGCGCUGCCAUCCCUGUCACCGACAUCGACGACUUGCUCAGCCAGAUGGGCGCCCCCGAGAGCAGGGCCUCGCGCACCCCGUCGCGCGCAGAGAGCCCCCUCCGAGAUGAGUACACCACAAUGUGCUGCUGCGGCACCGAUGAAGGCUGCCCCGGGUCCGAGCCGCGAGUGACCAAGGAGGAGCCGCUGGAAAAAACUGUGAAUUGCGGAGCGAGCGCACAAGGGGUCUUGGGGCUGUCUGUGUUGGACUCCAUUAACACAGGCAAACUUUUUACUGUGAAUAAAAACUCUUUGAAUAACUAUUCUAGGAAUUUUAGCAGUUUAAAUGAGGACGAGUUGCCUGCAGCAAACUCUCUGGAAGGUAAGAGGAGUGACCCAUUUCCGAAGUCUAUGUAUGGGGCUGCGGAGGAUUCUCACUCAGACGCAGAGUCUGUCACGGAAACCUUUGAUGGUGCUAGCGAGGUGUUGCUUGGGCAGUGUGCUGCUGCAAGUGUCCCUGCAGCUUGCACUGUAGUGGAGUCAGAUGAGGAGCAAAUUGAGAUUUGCUGCACGAACGAUGAGCUGCUAAAGCCCACGCAGGAGCAGCAUCCCACACCUGGAACAAACUCAUCCUUACUGUCCCCACUACACCCUUACGGCAGCAAAGUUUUGCAGACUGAGGGCUGUGCAAUGUGCGGAUCACUGGAGACAAGCAUCAACAAAUUAGGUUUGGAAGAUCAUAGUGGUCCCACUCCAUGCCCCUCACAGUGUUCGGAAGUGUCCUCUGCGUCCUUGUGUUCUCCUUCCUCAGUUUUCCUGCCAGAAAAAGACAUCCUAAAGAAUUCAGCCAAUAUCCCUGAAGUUUACUCUUUCUGUAACAAUGGUGCCUUACGUACAGAAGAACAGAUGGAUUUGAGGAAGAGUAAUGGACAUAUGAAAUGCUGUGAAUCCACUGAAGAGGAAGGAUCUCUGCACUGCAAAAAGAUAAGCUUUUGCUCUGCUAGAAAUGUCAGCAUCUUGGAGAACAGCUUGCUUGAGAAAGAUGGAUAUCAUGAUGAGCAGAGAUCCAAAUCCGAAAGCGAAGCAGUGGUUGAUGACUGUAAUCAUGCUGUUAGUUAUUGCCUGGCGAAGAAAGAAACCAGCAGUUUGUCCAACUUGUCUAAAACAGACAGCAAUCAUAUGAAUGCAUCGUCAACAAGAGGAAUAUCACUCAGGUCACCGUUUCCCACUAGAUCUAAAGAUCCAAAGGCUAAUGCAACUCAUGACUUGCCAGGGAAAAUUGAGAAAAAUAACUCUGUGACUUCAGGAAGGACUUCAAAUGGAAAAGUCCAAAGCUCAGGCACAAAUCACUGCAAAGGAGCUGCAGUACCGCACAGCCCAUCCUCACAGAAAAAGUCCUGUCAGGAGUCUAAGGCAAUGGCACAAAAAAGUAUAAUGGACACCCUUUUAAAUAAUCAGAAGGCCAAAGCAGGACCAAAGCUAAAAGGGUUCACCAUCAAAAGCAAAACAAAGACAAAUUCAGAUUCUUCUGGUCUUAAUCCUACCAAAGUGAAUGGGGCUGAUCAGAAAAGGGCUUCUGUUUCUCCACAGCUGUCUCCCAAACUCCUGGGAAAGAAAACACCAUUGUCCCGUAAUUCACCUACAAAUCCAGAUCCUGGCAGGAACAUUUCAGCAGCCUCAAGGACUCUGAAAUCAGAGCUGGAAAAUAAACCAUCUCUGGGCAUUUCUGAAGAUUCGCUUUUGCCUCUCCUGAAUGGCAGUGGCAGCCCAACAGCAAGUGGUGAAAUGAAGUGUGGCUGUGGGGAGUUAACAUGGGGAAAGCCAAAAGAAAAGCAGGUUUCCCCUGUGGCAUGUCAGGGUAGGAGUGCUAAGGCAGAUGAUUUCAGAGCCAGAGACAAUCAGUCCAAAGUCACUUCACCUCCUCAGGGGAUAUCAAAAGUUGAAUAUGGGAAAGGGAGGACUGAUAACCCUGAAACAGGCCUGAACCCAAUCAAGAUCAUUUAUAGUGCAGAUGACCUUAGGCAAUUAGAUCUGCAAAAUGUAGGACCAUCUGCUGGAGGCUGUUCUUCUUCAUUGAGGUCCCCCCCAGUUCAGCAGGAGCAGCUGGAAGGGCAAGAAAUCCAGCGCACUUUCAUUGAGGUGAAGCUUUCCUCCUCACCAUCCCCUUCUUCCUCCUCAUCUGCCUCUUCCUCACCAGCAUCAUUUUUGCAGCUGCCAUUGCUAGAGAAAACAGAAGAGGUGAACACAGGAGUACCUCGGCUCACUGAGGAGGCAGGGACCGUGCAGUAUUUCUCAAAAGCAGAUGGUGCUGGAGACAAACAUCUCUGUGGCUUGUCUAAACCUGUGACAAGGACCUACUCAAUGCCAGCCCAGUUAUCGGGUCACUUGAAGGAAGACUGCCAUGUUACAGAGGUUCAUGCUGUGCAAGGCCCCCACGGCCAUGCUGCAGAGGAGAAAUACCCCCAGCGGAUGUUAAAGGUAGUUCACUUGAAUCUGCCAAACAGCCAGAACGGAAAGGAGCAGGCAUACACCUCCAAAAGUGCCCAGAAGGUCCAUGACACGUCCCCCUCAGUGAGUGACAUCAGCUACCCCACUGCCGAUAAGCUGAGGAGCUUCAAGAGGAAUUACUACUACUAUGAGCUGAACUGGCCACAUGACCCUAUUUCAUCCUUCUCUGUCAAACAGAGGAUCAAAUCCUUUGAAAACCUGGCAAAUUUUGACCGGCCCAUGGUGAAGGCCAUCGAUAUAUGCUCAUCUGCAAGGUUGCCCCUUGCCAGGAGGUCGUGUGGUGGGUUGGCCACACCAUCCAGCACUGCUGAGACUCCAUGGACGCUGCGGCGCAGCUUGAGUUCCUAUGGUGGCAGCCCCAGCCCAGCCAGCGCCACGGCCAAGUCUCCCCCCAGCACAGAGCCUGUGCGUGUGGCUGAGGGUGGCGAAGGGGACCGAAAGCCCCAGAGGAGUGAAGAGGGUGGUGCCGGGCCAGACGUGGCCGCCUUCCCUGCCUCGGCCUUGCAGGUGCGCCGCAGCCGGGGCCUGGGGCGGCCGCUGCUGUCCCGCUCCAGGCUGCGGGAGCUGAGAGCCCUCAGUAUGCCCGACCUAGACAAGCUGUGCGGAGAGGGGUUCUCAGGUCCGCCACAGCCUGCUUGCUUCAAAACGGAGCUGGAAAUCACGCCCCGCAGAGCCCUUGGCACGCCUGGCCAGAACGGGGCAGCUCCGCCAGCCCACUGCGGACCUGCAGAGACGGCUGGAUUGGGAAGGGGUACCUGCAGCCCCCGAGACAGUGGGUCGGGAACUCCAGGUUCUGCCUCGGAUGAUGACGUUCCCCAUAGCAGCUCUCUGGAUGGGGAAAACAGCUGGUCCAUCAGCUUGGAUCAGCUGCUUGUCUCAAGCCUGGACCAGCAAAAACUGCAAUCUGUUUUGUCAGCAAUAGUACCAAAAUGUGAUGUUGCUGCUGUGCUCCAAGAAGUCAAAGCACAAGUAAAGGUAAAAACAAAAAGAUAAAACUAGGUUAUUGGCAGAUUUUUAAGGGGUUUCUUCAUGGCAGAUAAAAUCUUUUCCAAACAGUUUCAGAGCUCCUCCAGUAGUCCUAUGGUAUCUUACUACUAUCAACUGCAGCUGAUGUUAGCUUUACUAAUGCUGGUUUUUGAGUGCCUGCUAUAAACCCAUAAUAAUUUUGAAUGGCUUUUUAUAUAAGAAAGUUCAAAAGCAGUUUCAAGUCACAAUAAAUAGACCUGUUUUAAGUGGAGAAGUAUGCCUGCAUCUUGGUUUGUCAGUAGCUGCACAUCAGAAUUUAACUUUCCACCAGCCAUCUGGGUUAAACUC